AGCAAACAUUGUUCCACCAACGCAACGGUUAUUCGAGGGAGAAAAUUAUUUAAUAUUUAAGUGAAGUAGAUACAUAUUUAAAAUUUAUUAAUAUUUGUUAAAGUGUCGCAAAAUGGGAACUAAAACUGCAACGGUGCUCGAUGUCCAGAUGAAUGUAGAUAUUAUUACGGGCGAGUCGUGUUCGAAAAUGUUGCAAACAAUCGUACAAACGCUAUUGUUCCAGAGAAGCCAAAUCCCAUUUUGCUAUCAGAUGUUCCGAGCUAUUGUGAACAAGAUAAAAGCCGAAAUGGCUGGAACGGAGGAAUCCAAAUGGGGAAAUUACCAGUUAGCUAAACAACGUGAAGUCGCUAUCAAAACCUUGGAAGAAUUACAAACCCUCUUCAAGGAACUUGCAGUCAUUGUAGAGAAUAGUAAGCAGAAUGUUCAAGCAAUGGUUUUGUUUGGAUCUACGGUGUAUACUGCUAAGGAAGCAUUUGUAAUCAAUCUUCCCAUGGCGGACGAGAAUCACUACGCUCAGCACCAUCGACAAGGGUUGGAGUCAGCUUUGAAACAGAUUACAAAGCAGAUUAUCCUGGCAGAAGAACUUUGUCCAUCGGGAAAGUUCAUUGGGCCUACCAAUACAUUUAUGCUGCUGGGACUAGUACCCAUGUGCCGAACGGAGCAGUCAAGGAUGUCUAGCGAGGUUAUUGAAUACAGGCCAAUCGAGAAUUACCAAUUACCCGCGAGCUGUCAAAAAUAUGUGAUCGAUGUUUCUGUCCGUGGAGUGUGUAACGAAAAACUGAUCUGCUGUAAGCGAAUGAAUGUUUUCAGUGAUUCUUUCCAAAGUAUGCAAAUAGAAGAAAUGAAGGAAGUUAUGAACGAUAAGAAACAACAAGAGGUACAUGAAAAUCCAGAAAACAUGUGGUACCAGAUAGGGAAAGGCAUUAAAGGGUACAAAGAUGUAUUGAUUAGGGGAAAGUCUAUUUGGAAUGAUGGAUUGUAAUGGUUAUUAUGUAUGCUUUGACUGAUGCAUUAAGUUAUUAAAUUAUGUAAGUAAAAUAUUUGAAUGAUAAA